GGUGGCAGUGCGAGAAUCAGCGAGGGCAGCAGUAUUUCGAGUCGACGGGAGCUGCGAUUGGCUACUCUGGGCGCUGACGUACAUUCGGGGAAGAGGCGGCGCGAGUAGCUCCGCUCAGCCUGUGCGACUGGCCCACUUCUCUUUCCUUUCCUCUUCUCUCUUCUGCUCUCCCGCCGGGCGCCUGAGGGACAGUUACUUAGCGGUUCUGAGGAGCCGCUGUUGUCUCGGCCGGCAGCCAUCGCCAACGCCGCUCGGGUGCCCAGGAAUCUGCAGCUCCCCCCGCCCCACCUCUCUCGCUUCCUUUACUAGCCAUGGCCAAGGAGGAGAAGAAGCCCUUCAGCCAGUCUAUGGCCGAGUGGCGGCGAUUCAUCUAUAACCCCAACAGCGGCGAGUUUCUGGGGCGUACGGCCAAGAGCUGGGGUUUAAUUUUGCUGUUCUAUCUCGUAUUUUAUGGCUUCUUAGCUGCACUCUUCACAUUCACAAUGUGGGUUAUGCUUCAGACGCUGAGUAAUGAUAUACCCAAGUAUCGUGACCGGAUUUCUAGUCCAGGACUUAUGAUUUCACCCAAACCGGAAAUUGCACUGGAAUUUUUAUUAGAGAGAAAUAAUUCUGACAGUUAUAAAGGCUAUGUAAAGGCACUUCAUGGAUUUCUAGGACAAUAUAAUGAAACAAAGCAAGCUGAAAACAUUCCAUGUACUCCAGGAAAACUCUUUGAGCAGAAAGCUGAUGGCAAGAUACUUGCAUGCCAUUUUAAUCGUUCUAACCUGGGACCAUGCUCUGGACUUGAAGAUGAGACCUUUGGUUAUGCCAAAGGAACGCCAUGUGUUAUUGUAAAAAUGAACAGAAUAAUUGGAUUAAAGCCUGAUGGAAACCCACGUAUAGAAUGUAAAUUUAAGGAAAACAGCAAGACUGUGAUAAAUUAUUUUCCUCCUGAUGGAGCAAUUGAUUUAAUGUAUUUCCCAUACUAUGGGAAACAUUUACAUCGUCACUAUUUACAGCCACUAGUGGCUGUUCAACUAACAUUUGACACAAACAGUACCAAAGAAGAUGUAACAGUUGACUGCAAGAUCGAGGGAGCAGAGAAUUUAAAAAACCAAGAUGAACGUGACAAGUUUCUGGGACGUGUUUCCUUCAAAUUUCUGAUAUCUAAAUAGAAGUCGUCGGUAUCUUCGCCAAGUAAACUUGUGGUCUGUUUUUUUAAAUUUUGUUUUUUUAAUAUCAGCGGGACCUGCCAUUCUGGGAUAUGAGACCACCUUUGAGAAGCUUGGGGUGAGGGUAGCAUAAUAAUGUGCUUCCAAAUCAUGUUUUAAAUCCCUGACAAAGUAACUGCCUGUCAUGCUUUUGCCUGCCCUGUUGGACCAGUGUACAGACAUAGUUUGUCAUUUUAUAGGGACCUGUAAAUAGCUUCCAAACAUGUAAUAACGGUGGUCUUGUCCUAAUCCAAAAUGUGGGCUUUAUCCCCAAGUGAGUGUCUCAGAUGUAAUGUUCUGUGCUAUGUAAAUAUUGUAUUGGUUUAACACUGGUUUAAUUGUCAUAUCAAUACCAACACAGUUUUAGAGAGAGACUUUAAAACUACCUGACCCAACAUAGUGAGUUGUGUUUGUGCAGACAUGCCUUAAGUCCUAUAUUGAGUGGGAGGGAGUGGGGAAAUUAAAGUGGAUUUUAAAUGUUAGUAUUGAUUUUUGACAUUAUUUAAGUACUGAACUAGUCUGUUGUGCUUGUCAUUGUGCAGGUAUUGUGUGUAUGCGUAAUGUUUGGUCUAGAUUUGAUAUUUUAGUUAAGUACUUGAGUGUCAUCGUAUUAAUUGCUUGCUAUAUGUGGAGCACAGAUAAAACCAAUACAAUGUCACUUUUAAAACAUUUUAGUUGAGAACUAUCAGUAUGAAACAAUUUCUUUAAGAUGUUUAUGGUUUAGAAAUCUUGUAACAAUUGUACUACAAAGCUGCUUGAAAGAAAAGACCUCACUAUGUGGGAGUAGACUUACACUUUACAAUAAAAUAAAAUAAAAAUCCCUGAGUGGACAAAUGUCUGUUUAAAAUUUUAAAGCUCAUUGAGGACGUUGUCUUGAUUAAACAUUCCUUUGUUUAAUUUA